GACCAACCGCGUUCCAACUGUUGGCACUGUGUGUAUUGUCAAGGUCUGUUUACAAACCAUUGACCUCUAAGAGAAACAACAGGUCUACCAAUAAUGAUGUUGUAUUGAGCAAAACUUCUGAAAGACAUCGGGUCUUUGUCAAAGAACGCUGAGCCGUAUUACUGGACAGUUUGCUGAAAGUUUUUCCAUAGCAACCUCCUGAAAUAGUUAAAGUCACCAAACAGAAUUUUAUCGCUUUUCUUUUGUAAUAAUUUUGAAAUAUCAACAAGUCAACAAGAUUGAAUUAUUGUUGAAUAGAAAAUUGACAUUCCAAAAGGUUGCUAGGCAAUUUGUUUUACCAAAUUGAUCGAACGUGUAUCAAGCAACACACAAGACUUUGGCACAGGAACUGGUCGACAUUAUCAACAUUUCAAACAUGAGGGACCAUUCAACGCCAGGAAGUCAGCAGAGUGGCAACCGCAUGAUCCGUGGACAUUCUGCGUACAGAUCAACCUACGCUAGCAACUACCUCGGUACUCUUAGCACCCCGGUACCUAACGGCAGAGUUCGAACAUCGCAGUUCUACCCAUCCGGCAGGCCUCCCAUAGCCUCCACAUAUCAGGCAGAUUUCAUGACCUUCCCCGUCAACAAAAGAGUGUGUAUUCCUUACGGAUCCUCUUCAGGAUACAGAAAAAACAAUCCUCAUCCUCACAACAUGGAAGCAGCCUUUAAACAUCCAAAUAAAGAUUAUUUUGUGUGGUCGCAAUAUCGUCGACUUCCUCCUUUAGGAGAUAAUGAUGGAAGUGUAGACAGUCAAACGCUGCUGAAAAAGGUUUGCCAAGACAAAAUUCGUUCCAUCUACCAACAAGACUUCAAAGAUCCUCCAUAUGCAACAGCUCCAAUAGCUUAUUCCAACUAUCGAAGAAAGAUGGGUAAAAGUUUGUACAAAGAUUCUUAUGAAGGAACAUUUGGUAAUGCCGCUGAUAGUGCAAAACCCGAUCCCUACGAGUACCCUUCCAAGGACGAUAUCGGCACUUCUACCUACAGAGAUAACUUUAAAAAGACAAAAACGUUACAACUUCCGCUUUUGCCAACAUCUCCAACCAGAAGAAAUAAUCCACACCCGUCGACAAUGAACAACACAUUUCAUUUCCCAAAACGGGGUUACUGGGUAUGGCCACAUUAUUUACUACCAGUAAAGUAUGACAACGGCGAUAAGUUACCAGUUGGCCCGCGAAUCCCAGAAGACUUGAGAAUAAACAGAAUCCGAGGUCCUUUCGACACGUGGGAAGACCAGAGUAGCGACUGAUCAAUGAAUUCUCGACAUAUUUUCGAGGACUUAAUUGCUUGCACACGACCUUUUUUAAAACCCAUUUAUAUGCGUCACUGGUGUACCCCCACUGUCCUUCCUCCACUCUCCCCCUUGCCGCAGACGCAACGCUCGCUUUUGGAGCGAA